ACGGUUUUGUAACGGUUAACCACUGAAUCAUAAAACACUAGCUUUUCCGGUUCAACUUUCGAUCCGAUUUUGAAAACAGAGCCCGUACCCGGUGAAGAAAAUGGACUCCACAUACCCAUAAAUCGAUCCAUAAUAAGGUUUUCGAUUGGAAAUCACACGACGUCAAUUUCGUUUGGUUUGUGAAAUGCGAGACUCGCCACCUGAGUUGUGACCUCACUCCCUCGGCCGAUCAUACUCCGACUUCCAUAAAGGUUUUUCUUCUUCCUCUCCGUCUUAUUCCUCCACUGUUGUCGUUCUUGUGUGUUCUUCCACAGAUUUCACUCUCCAAUUCCGUAACUCUGCUGUUUACUAGGGUUUCCUUUCUUCAUGCAUUCUCCUUCUCCCCCUCACUCUUCUACUGACUGCUUAGGGUUUUCGCUUUUCCCGUCCCUUUCCCUGUUCCUCCCUGUUCGUGUCGCAACUGGAUUCUGAUUAGGGUUCUUUCUGUCUCGUUUACUUCCCCGUCCUUCUAAUCUUUCUCCGUCAAACCUUCUUGUCGGUUAUUUUGCUCUGAUCGCUGCGUAGCGAGUAACGAGCAACGAGCUCCUUAUGUGCUUUAAGUCAUCCGCCGGUCAGGUUUGUACAGUGGCUGCAGAAUGCAAGCACACUCUUGUGGUAGCUCGGUAGUGAAAUGUCGUGCACUGCAGUUUCUUGAUUCUCUUUGCAUUAAAUGCUACUGCUUCUUUUUGCUGGAUCAAGUUUUCCUCAUUAUGACUAUCUCUUACGUAGGUGUGAUAUACGGGACGGGAGAUUUGGCAUCAGCGUAUUGAUCACCCUUUUAGGAAGUAAAAAUGGCGAAUUUGCAAUUGACUGGUAUUCUGGAGAAGAUGACUGGAAAAGAUAAAGACUACAGAUACAUGGCCACAUCUGAUCUGUUGAAUGAGUUGAACAAGGAUGGGUUCAAGACCGAUGCUGACAUGGAGAUAAAGUUGACAAGUAUCAUCCUACAGCAACUUGAUGAUGUUGCUGGCGAUGUUUCUGGAUUGGCUGUAAAAUGUCUUGCCCCAUUGGUGAAGAAGGUGACUGAUGCACGAGUGGCUGAGAUGACUAGUAAACUUUGUGUUAAGUUGCUGAACCCUAAAGAUCAGCAUCGUGACAUUGCUAGCAUAGCUUUGAAGACUAUUAUAGCUGAAGUUACUGCUCCAUCUCUUGCUCAGUUGAUUCUCAACUCCUUGACUCCACAAUUGAUAAACGGAAUUACUACUCAGGGUGUGACCACAGAGAUAAAAUGUGAAGGUCUGGAUAUUUUAUGUGAAGUGCUCCAUAAAUUUGGAAGUCUAAUGGCUGCCGGCCAUGAGACUCUCCUGGCUGCUCUUCUGUCCCAAUUGAACUCUGUUCAAGCCAGUGUUAGAAAGAAGACAGUUUCAUGUGUUGCUGCUCUUGCCUCAAGCUUGUCCGAUGACUUGUUGGCCAAGGCAACUGUUGAAGUUGUUCAGAAAUUGAGAAGCAAGGGCGUGAAGCCUGAAAUGACUAGAACAAAUAUUCAAAUGAUUGGUGGCCUAAGCCGUGCUGUGGGAUACCGGUUUGGACCCCAUCUUGGAGAUACAGUUCCUGUUCUGAUCAAUUACUGCACUACUGCAUCUGAGAAUGACGAGGAACUUCGUGAAUAUAGCUUGCAGGCAUUAGAAAGUUUUUUGCUCAGAUGCCCCAGGGACAUUUCUUCGUACUGUGAUGCCAUUCUUCGUCUUGCUUUGGAAUACCUAAGCUAUGAUCCCAACUUUACUGAUAACAUGGAUGAGGAUACUGAUGAUGAUACUCAUGAGGAGGAAGAAGAUGAUGAAAGUGCAAAUGAAUAUACCGAUGAUGAGGAUGUUAGCUGGAAAGUUCGCAGAGCGGCUGCGAAAUGCUUAGCUGCACUGAUUGUUUCUCGUCCUGAGCUACUGUCAAAGCUAUAUAUGGAGGCAUGUCCGAAAAUAAUUGAUAGAUUCAAAGAGAGGGAAGAGAAUGUGAAGAUGGACGUGUUUAAUACAUCUAUAGAGCUACUACGUCAGACUGGGAAUGUUACAAAAGGGCAGACUGACAUGGAUGAAUCAAGUGCAAGAUGGUUAUUGAAGCAAGAAGUUCCAAAGAUUGUCAAGUCUAUUAAUAGGCAGUUGCGUGAGAAAUCUAUCAAGACGAAGGUGGGUGCCUUUUCUGUUCUAAAAGAACUGGUGGUUGUUUUACCAGACUGUCUAGCAGAACACAUAGGAUCACUGAUUCCUGGAAUUGAAAAGGCGCUAAAUGACAAAUCUUCAACCUCAAAUUUGAAGAUUGAAGCUCUUGUGUUUACAAGAUUAGUAUUGGCUUCACACUCGCCACCUGUCUUCCAUCCAUAUAUCAAGGCUCUUUCUAGUCCUGUUUUAUCUGCUGUGGGUGAACGGUAUUACAAGGUUACAGCUGAGGCUUUAAGAGUAUGCGGGGAACUUGUUCGCGUCUUGAGGCCAAAUAUUCAGGACUAUGGUUUUGACUUCCAACCUUAUGUUCAUCCAAUAUAUAAAGCCAUCAUGUCACGUUUGACGAACCAAGAUCAAGACCAGGAGGUUAAAGAGUGUGCUAUUUCUUGCAUGGGACUUGUCAUCUCAACAUUUGGUGAUAGCCUCAGAGCAGAGUUACCUGCUUGUCUACCUGUUCUCGUUGACCGGAUGGGGAAUGAGAUUACUAGGCUUACUGCUGUGAAGGCUUUUGCAGUUAUUGCGACCUCUCCUCUACGGAUUGAUCUUGCUUGCAUCUUGGAGCAUGUGAUUGGGGAGUUAACAGCAUUUUUGAGGAAGGCCAACCGAGUGCUCCGGCAGGCGACUCUAGGAACACUUAAUUCGCUGGUUUCUGCGUAUGCUGAUCUAAUUGGUUCAUCUGCUUAUGAAGUCAUUAUUGUGGAGCUUUCGACACUGAUAAGUGAUUCAGACUUGCACAUGACAGCACUUGCUCUUGAAUUAUGCUGCACCUUAAUGGCUGAUAGCAGAUCAAGUCAGAGCAUAGGUUUGGCCGUGAGAAAUAAAGUUCUCCCCCAAGCUUUAACUUUGAUCAAAAGUUCAUUGCUACAGGGUCAAGCCCUUUUGGCUCUGCAGAACUUUUUUGCUGCUUUGGUGUAUUCCGCAAAUACAAGCUUCGACGCUUUGUUAGAUUCACUUCUUUCUAGUGCUAAGCCAACUCCUCAGUCUGGUGGAAUUGCAAAACAGGCAUUGUAUUCAAUAGCCCAAUGUGUGGCAGUGCUUUGCCUUGCUGCAGGAGAUCAGAAAUGUACACCGACCGUUAGGAUGCUUACAGAGAUCCUCAAAGACGAUAGUAGUUCCAAUUCUGCUAAGAAGCACGUGGCCUUGUUGUGCUUGGGGGAAAUAGGGAGAAGGAAAGAUUUAAGUGCACAUGCACAUAUCGAAACCAUCAUCAUCGAGUCCUUCCAGUCUCCCUUUGAGGAGAUUAAGUCCGCUGCUUCCUAUGCUCUUGGCAAUAUUGCUGUCGGUAAUUUGUCAAAGUAUCUACCAUUUAUAUUGGACCAGAUCGAUAAUCAGCAGAAGAAACAAUAUCUAUUGCUCCAUUCUCUCAAAGAGGUUAUUGUGAGGCAAUCAGUUGAUAAGGCAGAGUUCCAGGAUUCUAGUGUUGAAAAGAUACUGAAGCUACUAUUUAAUCACUGUGAGAGUGAUGAAGAGGGUGUCCGAAAUGUUGUGGCUGAAUGCUUGGGAAAAAUUGCUCUUAUUGAACCUGCGAAACUUAUCCCCGCUCUCAAGGUGAGAACAACUAGUCCGGCAGCUUUUACAAGAGCAACAGUGGUGAUUGCUGUAAAAUAUUCUAUAGUUGAGAGGGCGGAGAAGAUAGAUGAAAUUAUAUUUCCCGAGAUCUCCUCUUUCCUCAUGCUCAUCAAGGAUAAUGACCGGCAUGUUAGGCGUGCAGCUGUGUUGGCCUUGAGUACGUUUGGUCACAAUAAACCCAACCUGAUCAAGGGAAUUCUUCCUGAACUAUUGCCACUUCUCUAUGAUCAGACAGUAGUUAAGAAAGAAUUAAUACGAACGGUUGAUCUCGGGCCUUUCAAGCAUAUUGUGGAUGAUGGAUUGGAGUUGAGGAAAGCUGCUUUUGAAUGUGUAGAUACAUUGUUAGACAGCUGUCUGGAUCAAGUGAAUCCAUCAUCCUUCAUAGUCCCCUUCCUGAAAUCUGGCCUCGAAGAUCAUUAUGACGUGAAGAUGCCUUGCCACCUCAUCCUAUCCAAACUGGCGGAUAAAUGUCCAUCUGCUGUGCUGGCAGUGCUGGACUCUUUGGUAGAUCCUCUUCAAAAAACGAUCAAUUUCAAGCCAAAGCAAGAUGCUGUGAAGCAAGAAGUUGACCGUAAUGAAGAUAUGAUCCGCAGCGCUCUUCGGGCAAUUGCUGCUCUUAAUCGGAUAAGUGGCGGUGAUUACAGCCUUCGAUUCAAGAAUCUGAUGAGUGAAAUCGGAAAAUCACCAACACUCUCGGACAAGUUUUACUCAAUCAAGAACGAGUAGGAAUGAAGCGACUCUUUUUUAACCGCCGGAGCUAUUAUUUGCAAGGAUUGAUGAUGCAGAGUUUACCACUAGUGUGAUGCUUGCCUCCUGCUGCAACUGUUCUGCGGAAGUGUGUAAUCAAGGUAUUGGAGUUCUGAAUUUUCAAAGAAAGGCAUUUUUCUAUUGUAAGAGCACCACAGAACGAUCCUUGGAGUUUCGGAGGAUCAUAUCAUCUGCUUUUACAGAAGGAAAGCCCUGCUUUCAUGGUGGGUGGAUGUAUAGGGAAAGCUCGAGACAGAUGUGGUGUCUUUUCCUCUCUUGGUUGGAAAACUGAACUCACAGUAGUUUGAGAUUUGAUGCCGAAAGAAAAUAGCACUUUUUUGUUGCCAUGUUUAAAGGCGAAAGUGGUGAGGGGCUUGGGUGAUUACUAUUUACUAGUCAUCCUUCUGGUUGUAGCAGCAGUUCACUGACAAACAAGUUUAGUACAUAUGAUUCUCGGCUGCAAAUUUUUUCACUGGUUGAAGAAUCUGGUUGUUAAAUAGAUCAAUCUGUUUGCUUUCUUAGAUUGAGAACAUGCCAUUGCUGACUUGAUUAUAUGUCUCGUGGUGAGAUACAUUAAGCCAAUUCGCACUACAUAUACUAUAACGAUUUGUAUGACUUGCGAGAUUGUGACAAUGUCUUUUCUAACUCGUGUUUCAACUAACUAUGGACCAUGCCAAAUGGAAUCAAAGAUAUCUCUGAUCGUUCGUCGUUGAUCAUCUGUGUUGUGAAAAUGUGGUUGUUCAUUGAGGUUAGUUGAUAAGCUACGAGACCUUUUGUCGUCAAUGAUCGAUCUGCUCAUGUUGAUUCUACGCAAGCUUCAUGUCACCCUUUCAGGAGUAAUAACAACCCUUCCCCGAGUUUGCUGCAAAUGACUCCUAAUCAGUCUUCUACUUCUAUCCUUUCUCCUAAAAUCAGAAUCUUGGUUUCGCAUACUAUGACUAAAACCAAACGCAAAUGUUAACUAUGCUAAAAUACUUGAUCUGGACUUUUAAAGUUUGACCAAUUCUAGGUGGCCGCCAUGAAGAUUCUUUGUCAAAAACGAGACAUAAAGAUAUCCCGCACGC